AUGGCCCAACAAUCAGAUUAUCUCGACUCCUUAACCUCCCACUUCCAAACAGUCCCAAUCGUAAAGCAGCUCAGUGAGAAAACAGGUCUUCCAGCUUCCUAUGUCGCAAUUGGCUUUAUAGGACUUUCCUUCAUGCUUGUGCUUUUUGGAAUUUGCUCACUCCCCUUUUAAACUGGAACAAAAUAUAUCGGUAAAAUUUCUAUUUUUUUUGGAUAAUUUAACACAAAAUUUCUUUUUCAACAGAUAAAUAUUAAAGGAAACUAAAAUUAGUUUUGAUCUAAUUUAAUUGGAAAAAUGUUUCCAAUUAAAUUGAGGCCUUAUGGUAAACAUAGUAGGAAUUUUAUAUCCUGCUUACGUCAGCUUCAAAGCAAUAGAGUCCAAAGAAACUGACGAUGACAAGCAAUGGCUUACUUAUUGGGUCAUUUUUGCAGCUUACAGUUUCCUAGACCACUUCAUUGACAUUUUGUUCUUCUGGUUCCCAUUUUAUCACACAAUUAAGCUUAUCGUCACAAUUAAAAUGGAGAUGGCCUGCAACGGCAGUUUCUUAUAUUUUGGGCUAAGUGAAGGGGAGCUUCAGUUCUUCUGAGAGUUUUUACCUAUUGAGACACUAUCUACUGGCACUGGGUAGAAGAAGAGUAUUCUUUGAAGCUGGGGAGAAGAAUGAAAUUUAACGAUCAAGUAGCUGCCGAUCAGUUGCUCAGAGCAGAAGCCGUAUCUCUCAUAAAAGGCUUCAGAAAACAGAAGACUAUCUAUUUAUAAGUUAUCUUACCAGCUGAUCGUCCUUGUGUACCUUUUCUGGCCUAAGACUCUUGGCGCAAUCUGGGUCUAUAACCACAUCGUCGGGCCAUUCUUGAAGCAGCAUGAACAACUGAUAGAUUCUGCCUUGGGAGGAGACAAAUCAAGCUAA